AUGUCUAACUCCCCAUCGCUCCUCACCGUCACCACAACCACCCUCCUCCUAAUAAUCACCGUUUCCUCCGCCUCCGCCACUUUCCGUAAAAUAUAUGCUUUCGGCGACUCCUACACCGACACCGGAAACACCGAUUCCUCCACAGCUCCAAGCGGUUUUAACCACGUCUCGAGUCCUCCAUAUGGCAUGACAUUUUUCCACCGCCCAACAAACCGUUAUUCAGACGGUCGUUUAAUGAUUGAUUUUGUCGCGGAAUAUCUCUCUUUACCACUUCUACCGCCUUAUCGCGACGCAAAAGCGGAUAAAUCGCAUGGGGUGAAUUUUGCGGUGGCGGGAUCGACUGCCAUUCGACAUAGUUUCUUUGUGAAGAAUAAUCUAACGUUAAAUGUUAUUCCUCAGUCAAUUGGGAGUGAGCUUAUUUGGUUCGAGAAGUUUCUGGAAGAUAGGAAUCAGAAGUUUCUAGAAGAUUCUGAAAUUGAAGAAGCUUUGUUUUGGGUUGGAGAAACUGGAAUUAAUGAUCAUACUUAUACAAUUGGAUCUUCAGUCGAGAGUAGUACAAUUCAGAAGCUAUCCAUUAAGAGUAUCACUAGUUUCUUACAGGCCUUGUUGACAAAAGGUGCAAAGUAUGUUGUGGUCCAAGGCCUUCCAACCUCUGGAUGCCUCCCCUUAAUGAUGUAUUUGUCAUCGGACGAUGAUAGAGAUGAUAUCGGUUGCGUGGGGAGUAUAAACAAGCAAAGUUACGAACAAAACACUGUCCUCCAAACCGUGUUAGAAGAAAUGAGACAACAAUUUCCUAAAGCAGUGAUUGUUUAUGCUGACUUUUGGGGCUCGUACCAUGAGGUUAUGAAGAAUCCCGGGAAAUAUGGAUUUCACGAGCUUUUUGAGGCGUGUUGUGGGUCUGGGGGAAGUCUGUAUAACGUUGACGUGUUUGCAAUUUGUGGGGCUAAUGGGACGACGACUUGUAAGAAUCCGAAUGAGUAUGUGAAUUGGGAUGGGAUUCAUCUUACCGAAGGGAUGUAUAAGGUGCUCGCGGGUUUGGUAAUAAAUGGAACUUAUAGUCAGCCUUCGUUUGAGUAUUUGUUGAAGAGAAGGGAAGGAGGGAAAAUGUAA